UUCAGGGACACAGGGAGAUGCCGUUGAAACCAUUCACCUAUCCAUUGCCUGAAACAAGAUUUCUUCAUGCUGGCAGGCAUGUGUACAAGUUUAAAAUCCGGUAUGGCAACUUCGUCAGCUCUCCCAAUCUCAGUCUCACUGAAAGUGCUGCCAAGGAGUCAGAGGAAGUGAUUCGAGUAAUCCUUGGAAAUCUUGAUGAUUUACAUCCAUUUUCUACAGACCACUUCACUGUCUUUCCAUAUUUGAGUAAAUGGGAGCGAAUAUCAAAGAUGAAAUUCAAACAUGAGAAUGUCCAUCUUGUGCCUUAUCCCUACAUUUGCACAUUGUAUCUAGAAUUGAACUCCUUUCAGCAAAACAUACCUUGUGGUAAAGAAGUAAACAAGAGCAGUGAUGAGCUUGUCAGGAGGAGAAAUGGAAUGUCAGAAAGUAUGGCAGUGGAACAAGCAGUGAAGAGGAGGAGAAUGGAAGUCAGAGCUGAGACUUCAUGCCCACAAUCAUGUAUGGACAGGACUGAAGCUGAGUCUGUUCACCAGAUGAGUAAAGCAAAGCAUGGAUUUGAAAAGGUAAGCUACRUAUUAUUCAAAAAGAGAAAAUGACACUUGUUUAGUCCUGGACCCUUACAAUGGCAAGUAUAAAAAUACCUGCAAGUAAUUUGUCCCCGUUUUUCCCUGCAUCACCCUCAUAAUUUUUGACAUUUCUGACUCCUUACCAGACUUAGCAAAAGGAUGAGUUAUUUUUUUUGAGACAACGUAAGCUUUUCUGACUAUCAAGCUAKGAGCUUGGGGGUAAGCUCAGCCUCUUGAGAGCUGAGCCUGAGGAAUGUCUUGCCUUUUCUCCAGGACUCCAGUCCUCUGUCAUUUCAGAUGCCCCUUUAUGCAGAACUCCAUGAAAAGCCAACAGUGGGUGCUGGCAUCUUGACACUGGCUUUUCUGUGACCAUGUGCCUCUCUGCACCAGUGUCCUUCUCUCUGCUGAUGGCCAUGCAGGCAUCACUGUGUUCCUGAAACAGUGCCAUGACGUUUCUCACUAUGGCAUGGCACCAGAAGACAGAUUCACAACAGGAUUUUUCCAGAGGGAUUGGUCGUUGCUCUCUAAAGCCACUGUUCUCCAAAGACCUUGUUAGGAGGAGAAGAUUUUUUCUCUUUUAGCCCACAGGCUCCAAGGCUGCUCUGAUAGAACUGCUCUUAAGCAUAYCCUAAUGCCUGUGUCCUCCUGUCUGCUGCACAUCCUCCUAAAUAURCUUCAUCCAUUUUCUGGAUAGCCAUCCUAAAUUUAGUUCAAAUCCCUGCCACACUGUCACCUUUCUGGCCUUUUUCCCUUCUCUAACUCUUUGGAAGAGUGUCUUUUCCAAGGAGGCAAACACAUUUCUCUUGGGUUUGCCCACAAAGGAAGCCCAAAACUUUCAUUCAGAACGGGGGUUUUUGAUAGGUUUGUUGGAUUUUCAGGAUAGGAGGAAGACUGCCUGCUAACUCCUUGGGAGCAUUCAGUAAAGAAUAGCUUCUCUAAAACAAGCAGGUUUCUUUGUUUCUAAAACAUGCAUCCCUUUUUUCCUUCCACCUCUGCUUACCUUUGCAGUAUCAGUGACGGGUCUCUACACAUGCCCUCUCUGGCUUCUUUCCUCAGGUACUCAGACACUCUGUUGGUGAGAYAAGGGUCAUCUUCUGAAAGAUGCUUUUUUUAUUCCCACUUUUCUAUAAUCAGUGUUUCCAGAAUUCCUCUGUUGCUGGCAUAGUUUUCAAGGCAUUAGUCCUUGAAAGCUGGAGCUCCAGGUUAGCACGUUGGACCCUGAGAAUAUGGCAGGUGACAGASAUCACUGUAAGUUCCUCUUGUGCUAACUAAUGUGGGAAGGCACAUCUUGAGCACUUUCCAGUUAAACUGGAGCCUGUGAUGCAAAAAUCAACUYAGCAAAUACCACCUUGGGCGAGAAGAACCUUCUCCAGAAUAGAUGUUCAURCCAUCAUGACUUGUCCUUGAAAUAGCACUAGUUAAGGCACUGUUACACUGAGAGGGUUGUCCGGACACAAAGUCUUCUGUUGAUGAACACCAGAUCAAGUGUCACGAGUACUGUGUGAAAUCAUGGGCAGAAGUCCUUUUCCUAACAUACAUUUUUAGAAUAUGGCAGCCAAGUACUUUUGUGUCAUGCUUUCCAUUUGGAUUUUGUUUGGGUUUGGAUUUUUUUUUUAUUCGGGAUGAAAAGAAAGAUUAGGUUUAGGAUAAAAACAUGUCAAUAUCUCCUGUACUUUGUUGGAGUUUAUCUGGUUGUUCUUCCAAGGCUCUUUGCUCAAUUUAUCAGCAGUAUAUGGGUUUGUUUUCAAAUCCACCAGGUAUUUUAUAAUGCUUCUUAAGAAGGGAAGGGUCUCAUUAAACAGGAAGGAAAUCUGUCUAUAUAGUACAUGUGGGAUUGACUUUGGGACACUGGCACUGUAUUUGGAAUGAGGAGCAUAGAAGUGCCACAGGCACAUGAUUGUUCAAUGGAUUGCAUUUYCAGCUGUCACCCAAAUGUCUCUCAGGCCUGUGAUGGUGGCAUGUGAUCAGGRUGAAUGUGGUCAAACCUGCCUGYCUUUCUACUUACACAGUGCACCAGUGAAAGUCAAAGAAAGAUGCUCAACCUGUCACUCCAGAGAAUUUUCCUAGCUUAGUUAAUGCUCUCAGAUCUCAGGCCAUCAAAGGUUUGGAAUUUUGUGUUAACAUGAGUUUUGAUGU